UUGAAUAAAUUAGUGUCUCAAUUAAUUGAUUGAUCAUUUCUGAAAUGUUUCAUUAAAUGACAAAAGGUGAUUCACAGAUUAGAUGACAGCCUUUUUCUCAUCUCAUCCUGAGAUGUAUCUGUGAUCUUCGGUUCUGGAUUCUGGGAUUGGUUGCAUGAAGGUCUUUUUGGGUUUCUGGGAGUGCUGUUCUUUGCAUGUUUCGAACAGAUAAGUACUUGGCUUCCUUGAUGAGCCUUGAAGGUUUCUGAUGCUGUUUUUCUGCACUUUUUGAACCCUAUUCCUUUGUUUUGCAUUUGGGUAUUGUUUUGGAGUUGUCCCCUCAGUUGGCGUGUUAGUUUUUGUUUUUAUGUGUGUGGAUUUGAGAUUUGGUCUCUGUGAAAUGAUGUUUGUGAGACAGAUUUAUUCCUGUUAAAUUGGUGGCUAUUUUUAAUUGAAAAUCAAGAGGGUAAUAAACGAAAAUGAAGAAGCUGUUGGAUGAUGGAGCGUGAAUGAGUUUGCAUGCUUUCAAUAUAUGUUGAUAGUGUGAAAAGGGUUGAAGGAAAUUGGAUUGGAGCUAAGAUUUGAGGUCUAAUGGGUUCAUUGGUCUGAUUUGGGUUGUGGUUUGUGCGAAGCAAUGGAAGGGAAUUUGCCCCAGGGAGGUAUAAUUCAAGGUGGGACGUCUUUCGGUGGCUUUGAUUUGCCGGGAUCAAUUCGGGUUCAGCAUCAAGCACAACAUCCACAUGCCAUGCACCAACAUCAAACUCAUCCGCGUCAAGGAUCUUCUGUACAUUCCACAGUUCAUGAUGUUUUCCCUCUUACAAUGGGAACCCUGCAGAACUGUGACCAAACUAUUUCAAUGACAGAGUUUAGUAAAGAAAACAGAAGUAAAAACUCAGCGAGUGAGGAAGACGAGCCGAGCUUUACCGAGGAUGGUGUUGAUUGUCACCAUGAAGCUAGUAGAGGGAAGAAAGGAUCACCUUGGCAGCGGGUUAAGUGGACUGAUAAGAUGGUAAGACUUCUGAUAACAGCUGUUUCUUAUAUUGGCGAGGAUGUGACUGUUGAUGGCGGUGGCAGUGGAAGAAGGAAGUUUGCAGUAUUACAGAAGAAGGGUAAGUGGAAAUCUGUUUCCAAGGUCAUGGCUGAGAGGGGUUAUCACGUUUCACCUCAGCAAUGCGAGGAUAAAUUCAAUGAUCUCAAUAAAAGAUACAAAAAGCUUAACGAUAUGCUUGGGAGAGGCACUUCUUGUCAGGUUGUUGAAAAUCCCGCUCUGUUGGAUGUGAUAGAUUUUCUUUCUGAUAAAGAAAAGGACGAUGUUCGAAAAAUAUUAAGCUCAAAACACCUGUUCUAUGAGGAGAUGUGUUCUUACCAUAAUGGUAACAGGUUGCAUUUACCCCAUGAUCCUGCAUUGCAACGUUCACUCCAGUUAGCGCUGCGAAAUAGGGAUGAUCAUGACAACGAUGAUAUGAGAAGGUCCCAUCAUGACGAUCACGGCGAAGAUGAUCCAGAUGUGGAAAUUGAUGAUCAUGAUGAUUUUGAAGAGAAUUGUGCUUCUCAUGGUGAUAGUAGAGGAAUAUAUGCACCAUUAGGUGGACCUGUGAAGAAACUGAAACAAGGCCAAGGCCAAGAAGAUGGUAAUACUUUUGGCAAUUCUCUAAAUUGUCAGGACUACAACAGAAGUUCGUAUCCCCAUGGACAGAUGGUCCAAUCUGAUGUGAAUCAAGGUUUACCUGAAAGCAUGAGAGCAGCUUGGUUACAGAAGCAAUGGGUUGAAUCUCGCUCACUUCAGUUAGAGGAACAAAAGAUACAAAUUCAGGUUGAGAUGCUGGAACUAGAGAAACAGAGAUUCAAGUGGCAGAGGUUUAGUAAGAAAAAGGAUCGGGAGUUGGAGAAGCUAAGUCUAGAAAAUGAAAGAAUGAAGCUUGAAAAUGAACGUAUUGCUUUAGAACUUAAGCGAAAGGAAAUGAGCACUGGCUUUAAAUAGGUCAGGACCCUCGCAAGCUUUGUAGCAAUUGCAUUACAUGCAUGGUGCUCCAUUUUCCUUUCUUUUGCUCUCUUUGUUCAGUUGUUUUUUUAGUUCAAAGUAUGGGUUUUUUAUUUGGGAACUUUGCAAAUCUAACUUUCCCUCUUGCUUGUACGUUUAAGUUUGUCAAUAGUAGUGCAUAAGGGUUAGACUCUACUGAAGUUUUGUUGCCUA